UUAGCGAAAAUAUCGUUUCUACGCCAUUCGUUACCUGUGAAAUAUUAUGACUAUAGAUCUUAGAGACGAAAAAAGUGUCUUUCCUUUCAUAUUUUUCUAAGUACUUUGUGCACCGAUUUAUAAUACUACUUUCCAAAAUCGUCACCGUUUUUUAUCUAGUAAGCGGGUAAAUAUUCGUGUCAAUAAAGGACAAGUGGCACAAAAAAAUCGAAUCCCGAAAGGGUGUAGAUUUGUGCCCUAAACGGGAUUCGUUGAAGAGAAGAAAAAAAAUCGAAAUUUAGAUUUAGAUUGUUAUUGUCAUCAGAUAAAUCAAGGAAACAUUUGAGUGAAAAACUAUUAACAUCCUUCAGAUAGAGAAAGAGGACUGGUACGGUAAUCUAAUACUCCAUAAUGGAGGAAUCGUUGCUGAAAGACUUAGAAACGGCUGCUCAUAUUAUAAUGGCCCCACCUACGGUAGUGUCCAGAGAACAGCGUCAGCAAUCCGAAGCUAUAUUUAUGAACUUUCGCCGAACAAAAUCACCGUACGUCCUGUGUCAGACAAUCUUGGAGAAGUCCGUUGUAGAUCUUGUACUUUUUGAAGCAGCAGAUGUCCUGAAAAAAGCCGUUGUCGCUGAGUGGAAGUGCAUUCCAGAUCAUGAUAAAACAUCACUGCGACAAUACCUGUUAAAUUACAUUAUUCAGCGGGACAUUCCAGUGUUUAUCAGGGACAAACUGCUACAGGUAGUGGCGAUAAUGAUUAAGCGAGCGAGUUUGGAAGAUGUCGGUUUAGAACGGGGUCAAAUAAUAGAGGAAACAAAAAAGAUGUUAAGUUCAGGUGAUGUUAAACAGCAAAUCCUGAGCUGCAGCAUUUUACUUGCAAUAUUGGAAGAGUACUGUAACAUUGUUCGGUCAGACGAUACCGGGCUAACGACUCACGAACACUUCCGUGCGAAGAAACAAUUCGAAGUUUCGGAUUUACUGAAGGUCUUUAUUAUGACGUUGCAAGCGAUGGAGGAACUCGUAAAAGUGUUCGAUGCUAGCCAUUCUAUGCAUUUGUAUCUUUUCAAGCAGAUGCUCUCCGUCAUGGAAACCAUACUAACAUGGGGGUUCUUGUUGCCCAAGUUGCAAAUUGUACGCGUACUGCAGCCGUCCUUAUCGAAAAAAAUUAUUGACACAUCGGAAACAGUAACGAAAGCUUUGCACGCACCGCCUCUGAGGUUACAUGCUCAAUGGAAGAAUGUGGUUUUCGAACCCAAACUACUAGAGAUAUUUUUUUUUAUAUACUGGAAGGUUCGUGAUAACGAAGAGCUUCAACCGAAAGCGCUGAUAUGUAUCCUACAAUUAUCGACUCUUAAAGGACCGAUCAUUACCGAUAACAAAGAUGAAAGCGUUACCUAUUUGACAAAUUAUCUGACGCAUUUUCUGUCGAUGCUGAAUACUAUCGAAAUAAAAGAAAAAGAGGCCUAUAGUUUUUCAUUGAUUCUGCGUAAACUUUUACAAUUACUUCCCCGGGCUGAGAUCAAAAAUCUUCCGAAUGCGCUCUGCGAUGUAUUCAUGCAGCAAACUCUCAAUAUGACUUUGAAGUUUAUUGAACUAGCCGCAGUGGAAGAAGCCAUAUCUCCUGACGAAACGGUAUAUAUUGAUGCACUGGGAAACUUGUUGGAAAUUUGGCUGUACGUGUUGAAUGACAAAGAUAACUAUCCAGUGGAGGUGAUGGUACCGUUCAUCACGCAAAUGUUUGAAAAGUUUAUUCAGUACCAUUUGGCAGCUCCAGAUGGAAUGCGUGGCAUCGGUCGGGAAUCGGACUCAAUAGAUGAAAUUGAAGAGUUUGAAGAAUCCGACCGUGAGCGUUUCAAGGAGCAACUGAUAAUAAUCGGUUACUUUGGUCGAGAAAUUCUGACACAUUCGCUUCCACUGCUUUCCAAACUUUUGGAGAAUAGAACCAGAAACUUGGGAACACAGUUACAUUUAUUGCAUUCGACGAAGACCAUGAGCGCCUCCAGUUCUAAGUUAAUGGUUGAUUUGUUCGAAGACAUACACUGGAUCUUGUUGGUUACCGGGCACGUUUUGGCACUAGAAGCGGACGGUGAGUCGGCAAUGAUUCCAGGUGAAAUACUACAGCUCAGCAUGCAGCAAAUUGCUAGUGGAGUGACAGACUUAACUAAUAGUUUAAAAUUGUUGGCUUCGCCUAGUCAAGACAUCCAGGAAAUUCAUAAUGCGGAGGUCAACACGGAUCCGGUAAUUCGGUUAAUCGCAGCCGGCUUUCGUUUAUGUGAGUUGGAAAAGAGUGCCAUUGAAGUUCGCAUGUAUCAGUUCCUCAGUCCUGAAUUGAGUUCCACUUUGGUUUGGUUCCUAAAGCGGUGGUCCGACGCAUAUCUGAUGCCAGUUAAUGAAGAAUUCGUUAGUGCGAUAUUUCGACAAGCUUUCGGCUCCGGAACGCCAGGCUCGGUAUGGGUUAUAAAUUAUAUACUAAACAAAAUUUGUUUGAACGCACAGUAUCUACGAGCGGAGCAGUCAGUGAUUGAGGAAACUUGUGAACUGUUCCUUGUGUUGUUGAAACGAAAGGAUCGCUGUCGGGCCAUAUUUAAUUCGGAGUUUUUCCGAUCCAUCUGUGAUUUAAAAAGUGUAGAUCUGCCGACGACGGUCAAACGCAAAUUGCUGAAGGGUUUUGUAAUGGUUGCUUCCAGCGUCGAGAGCGAGCCAAUGCGAGCCGAAUACCUCGGAAAGAUUUUACAGCCGAUUGAAGAGAAGUACAAAAUGUUGAUAUCACAUCAAAAUUUCCAAUCCGUAUAUCAAGAAGAAAAUGUUAAGCUGAAAGUAAUUGAGAUAUUGGAGGAGUUGAUUGGUUGUGUGCAGGGUGCUUACCAAAACUCUUUGACGAUCAUAUUUACCAACAUUCAGUGCAUAUGCAAAGAGUUGCCGGCCUUCUUAGAUCUUUACCAUAACUAUACGGUGAUUGUUGAGCUUAUCCUGGAGCUAGUGUGUGAAGUUGUGUCCGUCAUUGGUAAUGUAACAUCGGAACACGUUAUACGAACGGCAGUAAAUGAAUGUUGUUUCUCGGUUAUUCGAAUCUACGUCAAAAACAAUUCCAACCGAGUUUCACUCAGUGCCGCGAACACGGACAGUGACCCGGUAGAUAUGAUAUUGAUUCUAAAGCUGCUAAAUUUCCUUACAUCGAAGCCACUUUUCACGGAGGAUUUGAUUCUCACUGGGACCGAAGAGAGUAAUGCACAAGCAUCGGAAAUAUGUAUUUUCGGCCUGACUCAUAUUGUACCGCUUAUUACAAUCGAUUUGAUCAAAUAUCCGGAUCUAUGUCUGCAGUACUAUAGCACAAUUACGUCUUUCAUCGAGGAAAAAUCUCAUAUAAUUGCUAACCUGCAUCCAGAUUUGCUUAAACAACUGCUGGGCUCAAUCGAAUUGGGUCUCAGCUCAUUUACAUCCGAGAUCGAGUGCAAGUGCUUAGAGUUCCUAGAAAUCUACGCUAAUAAUGUGUACUUCAGUCAGGAUCCAUUGGCACCCAUGACACAGCUACUGCGUCCAUUUCUCAAAUUAAUGUUGGACAUGAUUCUAGGCCAGAAGAUCGAUUUGAACAAUACCAUGGACUGGUAUCAUGCAGUGUUUGUAGUAGUUUGCUGUUUCCCAGAACAUUUCAAGGAAUUACUGAAUGGCUUCCUGAACGAACAGCUAGAUUCGGAACAUAUAAUUAGUAAUGAUGUGGCGUUCAGUAUCACCGGCCUGCUGAACGAUAUGGAGUAUGUCAAUAAUCGGUUGACCAAGUCCAAAUUUGUGGAAAGGUUCGACAAGUUUGUCACGAAUUUUAGUACCAUGUACAAGAAGUAAGUCUGAUUCCAUAUUGGUGUUGGCGUGGUACUGUUCUUACGUUAAUUAUGAUUAAUAUCGGUAAGUUUCGUUUAGUUCGUUUAAUGUGUAUAUUUGCUCCUGUUGCGUAUUUAUUAUUUCAUACGACGGCACACGUUUUAGAAAUUGUGCUUAGAUAAUAUGGAAAAAAGAACCGUUUGCAAAAUGGUCAAUGAAACAGAUAUGGCGAUAGAAUUUAGAUAGAAAAAGUGAAAUUAGGAACUCGACUACUGAAAUCAACUAUCUAAGGAUUUGACAAAUUUAGCAUGUUUUCGGGAUGAGCGGUUGCAAUCUCAUGGCCGUUUCUAUGUUUUGUAUAAAGUUCAACUAAGAUGGGAUCUCUUGAACGUAUUGGACGUUGUUUUCAGUAUCAUCUGAAAUAGAAAAACAUUCUAAGUUUGUUACGUUAUUUUGUUGUGUUCUUCCUACAAAAAUUAUAACCCGUUAUUAGACCGUUCCUGAAAUUCGAUGCUUCACUUAGCUUCUUACCUAGCGUACGGGUCAGGAUCAUUUCGCCGAAAGGGUCAUUUAACCGAAUAAGGAUGAUAGCGUUAACACCCGUUUCGUCGACCUACAAUUGUACUUAUUGCAUAAGGAUUGAUUCUUGUACUCUUGAAUAAAGAUUGAUUUAUGAACCUCAGAAAUGGGUUCUCAAGAAAACUUGUUGACUUUAUUAGCUACUAAGCAUCAAAUCAUUUGCAUAGGUGUAUCUAUCAGGCAAAUGUUUGUGUUUUUUACUGUUUACUGAGUGAAGAUGAAAAAAUAUCUAAUGCGGCUUCGCCACAUCGUUUUGGUUCGUGUGCUGUCCGAUCUCGGCACUGCUCGUUCGGAUCUUACUAAAGCGAAGAAACCUAGGUUUGAGUAGACCGGGUGAACAAGGCGGUUACAGGUUUGUAUGUGAGGGACCGCCGCUUCCGACGGAUCGACGGCCAACUCAGCAUGCGUCGCUUCGGCGGCGCUGUGCCGUCGAACCAUCUUGGAUCAAUUAUCCAGGAGACAUAAUAACACAAAAAAUAAUAAUAUGAUGUAUUCUAAUUUACCCUUUCGGCGAAAUUACCCUUUCAGUGAAAUGACCGUUUCGGCGAAAUGACCUAUUCGUUGAAACGAUCUAUAUCUUGGGAGUACCCAGAAUAAUGAUACAAAACAACCUAAAAGUGAGUUAAAGGAUUCUUAAAAUAAGAUUGAACUAUCCUUUAUCAGAACUAUAAUAACCAAAACUAGCUAUAAAUUAUCUCCCUACAUUACUUCCUGGAAAAUCCAACAAAAGUGCAUAAACAGAAAAUCAUGAUAUUGUAGCUACACAUUUCAAUUUUAUUGCUGAAUCUCGGUGAAAAAAUUUUACAGCGAGCUCGGCAAAAGCUUUCAGGAUUGAAUCAUGAAUAUCCGAGUCAUCGGUAAUUGAGCGUAGGAAGAGCUUGGGGGUUAUUAAUGCUCAUUUUUAUUCGAAAUAAAAUUCGAACAGCAAAUACAAAAAAAUACAUCACGGAUAAACAUUUUUGUUUCUAGUGUUCCUCGAAGCCUCCACUUCCACUGAGGUCUUUUUUUACGCAGUUUUUUAUGCGUUCUUUUUCAAAGCUAUCCGAUUUUCAUGUUUUGUCUUAGGAAUGCAUGAAACGUCGAGAUAUGGUGUAAUCCAGAUUUUUUCAAAUCCUGACACUGACUGAUUUUUUUCAAAAAAAAAACAACAUUUUUUUGGAUUACUCCAGAUCUUGACGUACGGACCCGAAUGACCAGGUUAAAAAGUCCUUACUCCAAAAAAAAAAAAAAAGAUCUCGACGUUUCAUGCAUUUCUAAGACAUUUGGCAUCGAACAAAAUUUUCGAUUUUGGAAAUCUCCAAAUUUUUUCAUUUUAAAAAAAGUUCAGAAAUCGAUUUUUUUAGGUUACAAGUUACAACACCCUAUCUUUACGCUUCAUGCAUUUCUAAGAUAUUUGGCAUAAAAAAUCUUCCGUUUUGUUGUUUUUUUCCACGCGGAUUUCUGAAAUUCUCCCUAAGUCCUUUAAUUCCAAAAUUUUGUUUUGAGAUUACACCAUAUCUCAAUGUUUCGUUCUUUUCUAAGACUAAAUCGUUUUCUAAAAUCUUAGAAUUUUUCAUUUUUUCAUAAAAAUUUUUUUUUGAUUACAGAUUUUUUAUACAAUUAUAAAGUAUUUGGAAUCAGAAAACAAUUUCGUUUGUUUUGCGGUUUUUUUACGCGGAUUUCCGAACUUAUGCGUUUUUUUAAGCGGAUUCCCAAAGUCACACGGUACAUUUUGCGCGAGUUAACAAGUUGAGAUGGUCAUUGUUCGUGUUACAUUCCUUGCGAUCGGACGUGCGAGUGUCGGUCUCCGCCUUUCGUCGCGUCAGCAAUCUUCACGAGUGUUUAGCGGGUCGGCGACCGUGCCGACUCAUCAAAGUGCGAGCGUGCUAGCUACCACGCGUAUCGAGUGGAAUAGCAAUAAUUCGAAUUAGAGCUAAGGGACUCAGCUACCACUCAUAUAAAUAGUGACAGUAAGUAAACUAAUCCAAACUUACAUCCGAGUCCAGGGUGUAAUCUAUGACGUCGGCACUAUUAACAUCUCAGAGGUAGAACUGCUAAGCAAACUAAAAAUGGAAAACGGUAUCGAAGUGCGAAGAAUUAGAAGGACUGUCAAUGGAACACUCACCAAUACCCCGCUACUCAUUCUGUUAUUCGCCACUACCAAACUACCGGAGAAAAUCUUCAUCGGGUUAAUCCGCACCGAAGUAAGGCAGUACUAUCCCGCUCAAUUGCGAUGUUACCGAUGUGACCACUUCGGUCACGGCAGCAAGACAUGCGACGAGAAAGAGAUCUGCUUGAACUGCAGCUAGGAACACGAGAACUCUAGUGAAAAUCAAUGCAGAAAGAGCAGCAGAUGCCCAAAUUGCAACGAAAAUAACCCCGCUCGAUACAAAUGAUGUCCGGAUGCAAAUAGUGAAAACUAAAAUUGAUAAUAACCUCACCUAUGCGGAAGCUAGGAGCCAUAAGACAUAAACCAAAGCAACAAACCUUCUUUAAUGUAGCAAGCAACGACCAAUGUCGCUCAGAUCACACAUCUGGUCAAUAGCAAAGACACUCUAAUAAAAAAAACAAGAGCUGCAAGAAAGCCAAAAGCUUAACAUGCAGAUUCUUGCUCAGAUGACCGAACUAAAGAAAAAUACCACUGGAAACUACUCCCAGCCACAAAGCACAUGGACACAUCCCAAAGACAACACCCGGAAAACUAAACACAACUCCAACGACGACCUCCCCAUAUCCAGCCCCGAAAAAGCAUCGGCCAAUUACAGAGAUAACCCCAAUUAUCAAAACAUCGAAGAAACAAGCUCAACAAAGAGCAGACAACUAAGGAGAAAACUCAUCUACCCAAUCACCACGAGCAAAAAAACAGAAUAAAAGCAGAGUCAACGACAAUUUCUCACUCCCUCCUGGAAUGGAGGAAAUAGAAACAGAUCAUUCCUCGAAUAUCGACCUAACAAUCGAAUAAAAGGACAUUAGGUUAUAAACCGCGCCAACAAAAAAGACAUGCAUCAAGAUCAACUAAUUCUACAAAACAAAAAUGAUCCAAAACCGAACAACA